AUGAAGAUAAUCGUGCGGUUUCUGCCGCUAAUAUUGUGCGCGACGUUGACUCUAGCGGUCAAUAAUUUGAUUCAGUCUGAGGAUAUCGGAUCAAGCAUUAGAAUCGCCCACUGUCGAUCGAUUUGUCAAAUGACUUACAUCGUCGACGGCGUGAAAUGCACGAACGAUACUGAAAUAAAUUAUUGUUUACAAUGUUGGAGGCAAUGUGCUAUGUUCGGCAUUAUGGAAGAAGAAAACAGGCACGCUGUAUGCAGUGCGUUCAAAAAACACAAAGCAAUACCAAAUUAUGCGGGCAUUCAUACGGCAUGUGUAUUUUACGAAACUCGCGGAGCAGAAAAAGAUAAAUACGAACCGAGUAAGUUGCCAGCACCUGAAAAGUGCAAAACAAUUCACAUGAAGGAUCACGACGUAGCCGUGAUAAUGCGCAAAAAUAUUAAAGGUAGAUGGUUAACGGACAAUUAUUACUCCGCAAACGAAAUAUCUACACUUCCGGAAGGCGCCUGGAUCAUUGUCGCUAGUGAGGAUGGCACGCUCAGACAUUACAGUUGGGAAAUGUGGAAACCUACACUGGAAUCGCUUAAAGUGGGCGAUCCCCUUUAUCAAGCUCAUAUUACGUGGAAAGACUGGCACGCUCAAUUGGAGCACCAACUUCAAAAAGCUUAUCCUGAGCUUAAGCAUAAAACCGGAUUUUACCCAUGGAAGAAGAAACCGUCAUUUGUUGUCACCUGGCAGUACGAGACAGGAGAUGGCAUUAUGGGCAAUCAGGUGACAGACAGUGAAUCGGCGCACAUCUCUUUGCCUUCUAACAGCAAAUAUUUAGUUAGGAUAACCACCGAUGAUAGUCCUGGUAGUUAUCCGAUCGUCGUCAACACCCGCAGCCGGUUCAGGAAUAUACUUCUCUGGAAGCCGAUUGAACAAUUUUGCAGUAUAUGGUGGUUUGUCAUGUUUCCCGCGAUUAUAACUUUGCAUAUAAUUAUAUUUUAUAUAUUAAACGUCUUGUAUCGACGUUUGUCGAGUAAACCAAACAGACUAGUGAACAAUUUGGAGGAGGGACGCCUGCCGAAGAGGAAAGAGAAAGACAUUGAAGUGACGAAGAAGAAAAACUGCGACAAACUCACAAAAAACGAAGGCAAAUUCGCGAGACAUAAACGCGAACUUGCAAGACAAGAAAGCAAACUUGUAAAACGUAAACGCGACUCGGCAGCUGUAUAA